UGGGUGAGGGACGAGUUGGGGGCGAAGGAGCGGAUCCUCCGCCGUGGUGUCGACCCCCGGAUCUGAUUCCUGUCGUCGGUCGCCGUGGACCUGGAGCCUGCCUUCUCUCCGGCGAGAUCUCCCCGCCGGUGAGUUGCUUCGCGCAGACCUAGGCGCGAUCUCCACACAUCGGUCUCUCGCUUGGUUUCUAGGUUUUCAGGGGUCGAGUUGGUCUCUACGUAGGAAUACUAGGGUUUGGUCUAAUUUGGUUAGAUGCUGCCGAUUUCUACUUAGAUCGACAUUCUUUGCCAGCGGAUGCGUCAUGAAACAUAUCCUUUGGUUCUCGAGCAAAGAAACGUUAAAGUAAGCUGGAUCGAGCGCUUCCUUCAGUAUUUCUCUUUGGUUUUGAUGGUCUACCUUUUCUUGCGGACAAAAUAGCAAGGAUUCUUCGCGGUUUUGGUUUGAAGAGCUUUGUGGCGUUUGUCAGUGAAGCAGUUGCACUCUUUUCAUUGUCUUGACUUUUCACAUGAGCGUAAUGUCCAAUUAAGGUGGGUUUUCCGAUGUAGGGUGGUCGUGCAUCUCUAUCUACACUGGCACUGCCUUCUAAUUCUGAUGUAUGGUUUGUCGGUCCAGUAAUACUUUCCUACUUAAUGAACGAUCCUGCAUCACAUCUUCUUCUCUCUACUAUCGCGUCAACCUCCGUGUGUGGCGUGUGCUCAAGAGAGAAGAAGAGGAAGAAAAAGAAAAGCAUCUUCUUUGCUGCAACCUCUGUUUGUAGUAACUGCAGAUCCUGCAUAUUCCAUGUCUCCUAACUUGGACAGCCCCAUUAAGACCCAGAUGGCAGUUUCAAUCUUAAGUCGCACCACCAGCAGUGACUACCAUGGGAGUAGCCAAAGCGAAGGAAAACAAGGUGGGCGGAGACGUGUGUUUGUCCAAACUGAAACUGGCUGUGUACUGGGUAUUGAACUGGAUCGUGGAGAUAAUGCCCACACCGUGAAAAGAAGGUUGCAAAUUGCUCUCAAUGUGCCUACUGAGGAGAGCUCCCUCACCUUUGGUGAUCUUGUGUUAAAAAAUGAUCUCAGUGCUGUCCGGAAUGAUUCCCCAUUACUUCUUACCAGGAAUGCCCUGCACAGAAGUUCCUCUACACCGUGCCUCUCUCCCACUGGAAAGGACAUUCAGCAUAGGGAUCGGAGCAGUCCAAUUGAAAUUUUAGUGUGCUCAAGCCGCUGCUCUCGCACCCGACAGCUGGUUAAGGAUGUCAUGAACGCUAUUAGAAAUGGCGUUGACCCUAUACCAGUUCACAGUGGGCUUGGUGGUGCCUACUACUUCAGGAAUGUCAGAGGUGAAUGUGUUGCAAUUGUGAAGCCUACAGAUGAAGAACCAUUUGCACCAAAUAAUCCUAAAGGUUUCACGGGGAAGGCCCUUGGGCGACCGGGCCUGAAAAGGUCUGUGCGAGUUGGCGAGACUGGAUUCAGGGAAGUUGCUGCGUACCUCCUGGAUUAUGAUCAUUUUGCCAAUGUUCCCCCAACAGUCCUUGUGAAGGUCACUCAUUCAGUUUUUCAUGUGAACGAAGGUGUUAAUUGCAAUACUAGUGGGAAGGCUGUUGACAAGAAGCGUAGUGCUGUCAGCAAGAUAGCAUCCUUUCAGCAGUUUGUUCCUCAUGACUUUGAUGCUAGUGAUCAUGGGACCUCCAGUUUUCCUGUUGCGGCUAUACACAGGAUUGGUAUACUUGAUAUUAGAAUUUUUAAUACUGACAGGCAUGGCGGAAACCUUUUGGUAAGGAAACUUGAAGGGGUGACUGGUAGAGUUGGGGCCCAGACGGAACUUGUUCCAAUCGAUCAUGGUCUCUGCUUGCCAGAGAGUUUAGAGGAUCCGUAUUUUGAGUGGAUCCACUGGCCACAGGCAUCAAUCCCUUUCUCUGAGGAUGAGCUCAAGUAUAUUGCUGACCUUGAUCCGGUCAAAGAUUCUGAGAUGCUUCGUAUGGAGCUGCCCAUGAUCCGUGAAGCAUGCCUUAGAGUUUUGAUCCUGUCAACUAUUUUUCUCAAGGAAGCAGCUGCAUUUGGGCUUUGCCUUGCAGAGAUUGGUGAGAUGAUGAGCAGGGAAUUCAGAGGAAUGGAAGAAGAGCCAAGUGAACUGGAAGUUGUGUGCAUUGAGGCAAGACAGUUGAUAGCAGAAAGAAUAGUAUUUUCUCCAGUAGCCAAUCCAAAUGAUGAUGAUGCGACUCUGUUUGACAUUGACUAUGAAGAAGCUGAUCUGGCAAUGCCAAAAUCACCAGCGUCUUAUGCUUUUGGACAAAGAGGCAGAAGCUCCAAAAACCCGCUGUCAAGAUUGGAGGAGAGUUUGGAGGAGCAGGAAGAUGAUGAGCACAUGGAAAGCAAUGUGAAGAGCACUUGCUGCCCAUCUGCCUGUGAAUGGCAUCCGCAUUUUUCAAAGCUGUCCACAUCUUUGAAGGGCAUAGCUCUUGCUGGAAAGAGUCAGCGAUGCCUGGUUGGUGCUCCGAGUGCUAAUUUUACUUGUAGUAAAAUUAAAAAUAGUGGUGGUGCUAGUAGGUCUCAGGUUGGUAAUAGUAGGAGUGCCAACGAACAGCUGCCUGCAAAUGUGAACUUUGUGAAGCUGGCUGACAUGGGGGAGGAGGAGUGGUCAGCAUUCCUGGAGAAGUUCCAGGAGUUGCUCCCAGGUGCAUUCCGUAGUCGGAAAUGUGGUGCUGCUGGCCAGAGGCAGAAGCAGAGGUUGGGCACUUCUUGCCAGUUUUGAGUAGAAGGUAGAUAUGGCAGGGUUGACGGCUGGUUUGCAGUCCAGUAGCGGUUGUUUGUGUGAGCCCUUUUCUAGUCGGGGUAAAGAAUAGAGAAGGGGAGAUUGCUGAAUAAAGAUGUUUAGAGGAUUAUGGUAUGUCGAAGGGAAGUGGAGGUGCGUCUUGUGGUUGUGCUGCCUCUGUAUAUAUGUUUUAUGGUUUUGUUUAAAUGUCUGCUACUCGAAGAAGGUAUUCUGAUAUCCUGCAUGUAUGCCGCGUACCUGAAGAAGAAGAAAAAAAAAAAUACUUUCAGCAAUAAAAACGUAAAAUAGCUGUAUGUAAAUUUGCUCGUCUCCUUUCAACAGUGUUCAUUUUUGAUAUAAAUCAUUGGAUGGAACAACAUUGGCCUCACCUAAAGGAUUUGUUGAAUUGUUUCAACGUUGGUCUCAGGUUGAGCAACAUUUUGAUGAACUGUUGCUGCCUCAUUCCCUGUUUUCCCAGUAAACCCAUGUACAUCGUAAAUCAAUCAAUAUAUAGGAAGGAGCUCAUGUUAGAA